AUGGACGUCUUUGCAUUAGAACGAACUAAACGAAGAAAUAUUACACCCAACAAACAUUUGAAUAUUAGCUUGUUGAUGAUUUAUUAUAUGGGCAUGUGGCCUGCUCAAGGCAUCAUUCUUACUACUGAAAUUGCAUACCUUAUCGUCAACUGGGGAGACAUAGCAAAAUUAGCUGCUGGUGCAACGCUUCUUAUGACUAAUACUUGUCACGCUUGUAAGGUAAUUAUUAUUCUUUGUCGACAUGAACGUAUCCGAUGUCUUAUCGAUGUGACAAGAAGCAAACUGUUUAGCCGGGACAAUAUAAAAUACGAACGAAUCGUAACGUAUUACACUUGGCAAGGAAUUUUUCAUCACAUUGCCUAUCAAAGUUUCGGAACAAUGGCUGUAAUAUCAUGGGGGGUUUCCCCGAUUAUUGAUCUGCUCAGUGAAAGAUCAAAACAAUUACCAAUAGAAGGAUGGUAUCCAUAUAACGUAACAGUUUCUCCGGUUUUCGAGAUUACGUCUUUCUAUCAAGCUGUGGCAAUCUUCAUUUGUUGCUUUAAUAAUGUUGCGAUAGAUACCUUGAUAACAGGCUUUAUCACGAUCGCCUGUUGUCAGCUGACGCUUUUAAACCGUAACAUUUCUUCCCUGAACCCUGAAGCAGAGAAACAAUCAAUUGUAUCAAAAGAUGAUGUCGAUGUCAAAAGAUCUACCAUAGAAACUUACAAUAGAACGUAUGAUAAUUUAAAGCUCUGCAUUGAACACAGCAACAUGAUAUUCGAUUUCUCGAAAGAGAUCCAGAGUAUUUUUGGUACAGCAAUAUUCUUCCAAUUCCUAGUAAAUUGUAUCAUUAUUUGUUUAAUCGCUUUCAAUAUGGCACAGAUGAAAGUUUAUAUUUUACAUGUUCUAUUUGGUAUGCUAAUGUAUAUGUGUUGUAUGACAUACCAAAUUUUUAUAUUCUGUUGGCACGGUAACGAGUUAUAUCUUCAUAGUUUAGAUGUAGUUCUUGCCUCCUACUCGAAUGAUUGGUGGCAAAGAACAAAGAAUUUCAAACGAGCUAUCCAGAUUAUAAUGACGAGGUCUCAAAGGCCACUUAUUUUAACCGCCGGAAAUAUUAUGGAAUUGUCUUUACAGAAUUUUGUUCGUAUUCUGCGCAUGUCCUAUUCAAUUUUCACAGUCCUACAAACUUCCACAGACGUUUGAAUUUCUUGUAUAGUCCAAAAAUCUCCCUGUAACCAGUUUAUUAAAAAGUUCAUAUUUGUGUGAAGGUUAGUAACUGCAUUACAUUUUUCUUAACAUUGUAUAUAAAAUGUAGAAAUAUAUGUUUUAACGUCUUCCUUAUUG